AUGUGGGAGGACUCGGGCUUUGAGCUCUAUGAGGGUAUCACCUCGGAAUACUACGAGAGGGGUAUCGACGGUGAGAUUGGGGCGCCGGCGAGGCGUCGACUUGAUAUGAGGGAGGCUCUGGAUACUGUUCGUUUUAAGUACUACGAUUUGGAAGAGUCAGUGGAGCACCUUCCUCCAGCUGAGGCCGAUCGAGUCAUGAAGUGGUGGAUCGCCAAACUCUAUGGGCAUAGCGGACUUUCAGGAGGAGGUGCAGGCCAAGCAUGGGGUGGUGGAAGGGGCAAAGAAUCCUCUGGGGGGUCUCUACGACUGUGGAUAUGGGAACGACGGUAG